UAGAGGUAGAAGAAAGACAAUAUUUAUUUGUCAUAUUUAGUUGACAUGUUUUAAGUUUCUUGUCAAUGAGUAAAACUUGCAAGUCAAGCUGUAGAGAUAGUGGGACUGGCUGAGAGAGUUAAGUUAUUGUUGGAGUGCCUUCAAGAAAGGUGUAGUGCCUUCUACAACUAACUAGUCAAUCCUGCUUUGAAAAUGGUGAUACAACAAUUUGAAGACGAGAGUGCAUUAGUGCAAGCAGUCCUCAUAGGAGACGUGGAUGAAGUUCUGUCGUUGCUACAACAGAAGGAAGACCCCAACCAACAAGACCAGGAGAGGCGGAGUCCACUUCACGCUGCCUCUUUCAAAGGGGACUGUCACAUUGCCGAGGCCCUGAUAAUGAAUGGAGCUCGGGUGAAUGUUAAGGACAACAAAUGGCUGACCCCACUCCACAGAGCGUGUUGUGUCAAUAGUGAGGAUACGGUAGAUCUACUUCUCAAGAACAAGGCAGAAGUGAACGCAAGAGACAAAAAUUGGCAGACACCGCUGCACGUCGCUGCAGCUAACAAUGCCGUGGAGUGUGUAGAGGUUAUGUUGCCUCACCUGCUAAACAUCAGCAUUACAGACCGAGGAGGUCGCACAUCGCUACACCAUGCAGCCUACAAUGGCCACCAUGAGAUGGCAGAACUACUUAUUCAACACGGUUGCAUUGUAAAUGCUCGCGAUAAACAAAUGCGGAGACCUUUACACUACGCCUCAUAUCAGGGCCAUGAAGAUCUCGUGAGGCUUCUGCUGAACCACGGUGCUGAUGCUAAUGUCAAGGAUAAGGCGAAAAACACACCGCUGCAUGCAGCCGCAGCCAGCGGGAACGUAUUGGUGGCUAACACACUGAUCGAGGUCGGAGCAGAUCCUGACUCCAGAAACAACUUUGGCAAUUCUCCCCUCCACAUUGCCUGUCUCAACGGCCAUGUGAACCUGUGUCAAGAACUCAUAUACUGCAAGGCCACCAUCAACUGUGUCAACUUGAAGGGACAAACACCACUGCAUCUGGCAGCAGCUUCCACUCAUGGGAAGGAUUGUCUAGAAGCUUUGCUCAAAGAAGGUGCAGAUUUCAAUGCCCAGAGUGAGGAUGGACGAACUCCGCUUCACAUGACCGCAAUACACGGUCGCUUUACUCGCUCAAAAACACUCAUCGACUAUGGAGCGGCAGUGGACAGCACAGAUAAGAACGGAUCAACUGCACUUCACAUAGCAGCCUUGUAUGGCCAUGAACUGCUCAGUUCAACUCUCCUAAACCAUGGGGCAGACCCUUCCAAGGCUGGCUAUAAAGGUCGCACUCCACUACACAUGUGCUGUCUGGGAGGCUACGUGGAGUGUUGUCGUAAGUUUCUACAGACGGGGGUGGAUCUGGAUGCGCAGGACGCAACAGGCCAAACACCUCUCCACCUCGCAGCGUUCAAGGGGAGUGUGGAGUGUUUAGACCUGCUGGUUAGCAAGGGUGCCAACUUUCAGCUGGUUGAUCACUAUCAGAGAACACCGCUGCACAUUGCGGCUGUGCAGGGCCACUAUUCCUGCCUUUACACACUUGCUUGCUUCGGCUCAGCUGUCAAUGAACAGGACAUUGAAGGGUGUACUGCACUCCACCUGGCUGCGGUUUACGAUCUCGAGGGCAAAUGUGUAAAGUACCUGGUUGACCACAAAGCCAAGCCAAUGUUGCGGGAUAGGAGAGGGUUCACAGCGUUCCACUACGCUGUGGCCGGUGGCAACUCUGCGGGACUGGAGGUGCUGCUAUCAUCCAACAACUUGCACACACUCUACACAAGCGAUCUACCUAAGUUGACACCUCUGCAUCUGGCGGCUUACUAUGGCCACACAGAGAUAUUGAGAAUGCUUCUUCCCCUGUUUUCUGAUACCAAUAUGAGGGACUCUUCUGGGAGGACACCUUUACACCUUGCUGCAUCGGAAGGUUACUCACAAUGUGUACAGCUGCUACUGAGGUGUGGCUCGUCAGUGUGUGUACAUGACACUGUGCUGCAACAGACCCCUGUACAUCUAGCAGCUCGCUCUGGUCAUCUCAACUGCUUAUCUUUGCUGCUGGACAAUGCUGAGAACAUGGCUGUUGUGGACACACCAGACAUGUACAAGAGAACUCCGCUGAUGCUUGCUGUAAGCUCUGGUCACACUGAUUGCGUCAUAUUGCUGCUCAAGUCCAAAGCAGACGUCAACACCGUGGACAAGGACAGACACCCAGCUCUCUUCAGAGCUGUGGUGUUUGGCCAUACUCAGAUACCAGAGCUGUUGUUGGCCCAGGGAGCUGAUGUCAUGUUCCAGGACCUCAACGGUAAGACAUGUCUCCACCUGGCAGCGGCUUGCGGUCACACUCAUUGCUGUCAGGCCAUCCUGGACCACUGUAAGAGCAGCCAGCGCGACCUGCUGGCCAACAUGCAGGACUACCAGGGCUGUACACCACUGCACUGGGCGUGUCACAGUGGAAGUGCACGGUGCGUAGAGUUCAUAUUGGAACAGAAACUUGCCAAAAUGAUGGAAGGGAAUCCAUUUUCACCUGUGCAUUGUGCAGUGUACCAAGGCAGUGAGCACUGUUUGGAUCUGAUGAUCUCAUACUUUGGUCCGAACGUGGUGUGGCUUAGGGACUCCCAUCAGUACACCCCACUACAUGUAGCAGCUCUGUCCAACUCCGUAGAGUGCUGCCACAUGUUGCUGAGCCAACGAGCCCCGGUGGACGAGACCGACUAUAGAGGACGCACGCCACUCAUCUGUGCAGCCUCCCGUGGACACAUACUCAUACUGGAGCUACUGCUGGAGUGCAGAGCUGACGUGCGUGCAAGAGACUCGCAGUUGAACACAGCUCUGCACCACGCAUGUCGCAACAAACACUCAGACUGUGCGCUCAUGUUGCUGGAUCGAGUGCAACAUCCGGGCAUAAUCAACAUGGUCAACAAGCAGCGACGGACAGCACUACACAUGGCUGCUAGGUAUGGGCUGGUGGCAGUGACACGGCGACUGCUAGAGAAGGGAGCAUCGGUACACAUCGUAGACAGUGACGGACUGACUCCAGCUCUAGCAUGUGCACCUAGUCCAGCCAUAGCACAGUGUCUGUCUCUCAUAUUGGCAACAACCAGUCAACCUCAGCCUCAGAACAAUUUCAAGAAGUACACAAUGUCGCUGCCACUCUUAAACCCGUCAAUGAGCUACCCUUCAGACUGCAGCUUGUUGCGAACUGCUUACAGUCACAGUAGCGACUCUGACUUCUACUGAGCAGUGGGCAGUGCUACCAACUGUGCCAACACUAGAUGUUCCCAGAAGCUGCCUACUCCUGAGCCUUGUUUACAUUCCAAGUGCCUUCCCGCCACUGCUUCUCAUGCCACACUUACUGCUCAGUGCUCACUGAGGUCAGGAAUAAUCGUCUUGGAAACAUUAUUGUACUUUAUUUAUCACUACUUACUGUCUGUUAGUUAUUUGAUUGUUUAACGCCCUUUUUCAAGUAUUGGAACACCUUAAAUUGUUCCAUAACGUAUGGAAUACUGUGAUACAUAUUGCAAAUUAGCAUCUCCUUUAACUUUUGUGUCUACUUAUUCAAUUUUUAAGUUUUAUGUGUAAAGUUUUAUUUUAAUAGACUACCUAUACAUUUUUUGACGCAUGAUCACAAAAAUAUGAUUUAGAUUUGAAUUAGUUGACAAAUUAUUUUAUAUAUUCGUAAAUGAGUACAGGUGCUCACUUUGUGAUCAAGUUAUGUAAUAUCAUCCUGUACGCUAGUAUUCUUUUAGAUAUACCUUUGACUGUAUAGGUAGAACUAGAUAUUCCAUUUCCAUGUGAAGAUUGUCGCCAGUUUUGGAACAAUAAUUAACGUAGUUGAACUGAGUCACAGAAAGAAUGUGUUGAUGUGAAUUACGGAUUGUCAAAUAUGCAAACUUUUUAACACUAAUACCGAAACCCUACUCAGGCUGAUGCUAACCCGCUAACCGAAACUUCCGGUCUGUGAGACCCCAUUUGAAAAUAAUGGACCUCGCUUAGAAACACACAUACCAAAACCCUGGACCUGUGAGACCCCGCUUUAAAAUACACUAACGCUGGGCUUCUGAGACAGGCGUGUUAUGAACAGACAACAUGUCAAGGUCACGGCACCCACGCAAAAUGAACAAAAAGUACAUUAACAGGUAGGGGAGAAAAAAAGAAAGGUAUUGGGGGAAUGGAAUCCCCCAAGUAAACAGUGUUGCCAACAUGCGGUUGUGAAAAUUCCCGUGGGUCUGUUAGACCGGGGUUUCGGUAAAAGUGUUAACCAAGCUUUAAAUGGACAGUUCACUGGAAAGUUUAGCAUAUGCCACAUAAACUAUCGUAGUACUUAUCAAAAGCUGAGGGAAAAUGGAAGUUUAGACUAGCGCACUCUGUGGGUUGCUAAUUAGACUAUGUUCUUUCUAAAUAAAAAGUGGCCACAACUGGAUCAUAUAGAUGGGAUAUCUACUUCAGUAUCUAAAGUUAAUGGUGCUCCCUAGGAGUAGAUUUGUGUUGACAUGGGCUGAGGGAGGGCAGCUUCCCCUACAUAUCCUGUUAGUUAGCAUUCCUGGUGCCUCAACUGUUUGCUCAACGCAGCUGGACUUGUACAUUAGCUUCUCGGCGUUGCUGACUGUCAGCUCAUCUGUCUCAACUCUUACUUUUCUACCAGCUUUGCUCAAUAUAAAAUCAAUGUGGUUUUUUAUUUGAGACAAAAUUUAUGUUUAUUUUAUUCAGUUAAAUUAGACUUGCACAAUUUGAAACUUUGGCUUUGUUUACUUAUUUGCCAGUUCAGCCAUAUUAAGUGUAACAUUUUCCUAGACCUGUUUUACAUUUGACAGUUUUGGUUUUAAGCAGAAAAACUUACGUACAUGUAGAUGUCGACUAAGCCUACUCAAUUCCUCUUCCUUCACCAUCUGCCAUCUAUUUCACUGCAUCUAUCCAUCUUCUUCUAGGUCUACCUCAAUCCUGAACACUCCAUUAUUUUAGGAAUUCCCUAUUCUCACUUGUCCAAAACAUUUUUGUCUUGCUAUUUCUACCUCCCUCCUAAGCUGUCUUCAACUACCUCUCUUCUGAUCUCUUAUUCUACUUUAAUAACUUUUACAAUUCUCAUUUAAGGAACGUAUAAUUUUUACUGAUAAUUACAAAAGUUGAGUUGAGACAAGAGCUUGGUUAGGUAUGCAACUGCCAAUACUGUGGGAAUCAAUGUGAUAAAGUGCUUUAUGUACCACCUCUCUCAUACCUGGAUAUCGUGUUGUAGAUGUAAUAUACAGUGUCUAUGUUCUGUGUUCCAUAUUGUGAUACAUAUGAUUGUGAUGUGCCGAAUUAGUUGAUACAUUAUAGUUUGUUAUUUUGUACAGAUCGCAGAUUAAUCUACUUUCAUUACCGGUCAUUUAUAUAUUUUAUAGAGUAGUUCUUCUCAAGCGAUACUUAUGAUACCAAAAAUUCCCUCCAGUAAACGUAGCAAAUAUUGUUACAUGUUUUAGCUUUAAAGCUGUUGUACAAUAAGAAAUUUGGUAUUUGUCACGUGCUAUAGAAAUAACUGAUGGUUAGCCAUCUAUAACAGGCUAUAGUCACAUAGAAGUAAGGUACAGAGGAAACAUGCUUAUGGGACAACCGUGCGCUUUGAAGCUCUAGAAAGUUGUGCCAGAAAUAUACUUGUAACAAACAAGGAAGAGCCCGAACGGCAAAUUCUUUGCGGAAAUUCCUAUUGCACAGAGCACAGGGUCUUCCUUUACCAUGAGCGUUGUAGUACGUACAUGAGGACAGGGUGGGGUGGUGUUGGAAUUUGUGCUAGACACCAGCAGUAAUGCUAGACACCACUUAAGUGUACCAUGGAGUAUAUCCUCUGUUCCUCACUUUUCUGUGCUUUAGCAUACUCAAAACCUGUAUUUAGAUUUCUAAUUUCACUCAUGAUUGAAUGCAUUAAGUGAUGCUAUUGUAUGUAGUAAAUGAUAUAAACACUGUCAAAGGAUCAACCUCAUGUUUUCAUAAAGAAAAAAAUCUUAAACUCGUCACAGUUAGGUAAAAGAUCAUUGUGUGGCUAUUUAUAAUGUUGGUAAUUUGCUCAGUGUUGUUCAGGUUGGUAGGUACCCAAAAGUAAGUAGAAAUAUUUUUUAAUACAGUAGAACCUCUCAUAUCCGACCAUGACGAGACCGGGCCGUGAUCGAAAUGGCUAAAAAGUCUGAAAUCAGAAGGAGCAUAACUUUCGAUCUCGGUGUCACCAGUAAUUGUCUCCCGCAACCACGGCAACACCCGUGAGCAAACCUUGUGGUCUUGGCAAUACCAGUAUUUGUCUCCCGCGACUACAGCAACACCCGUGAGCAAACCUUUUGGUCUUGGCAAUACCAGUAACUGUCUCCCGCGACUACGGCAACACCCGUGAGCAAACCUUGUGGUCUCGGCAAUACCAGUAAUUGUCUCCUGCAACCACAGCAACACCCGUGAGCAAACCUUGUGGUCUUGGCAAUACCAGUAUUUGUCUUCCGCGACUACGGCAACACCCAUGAGCAAACCUUGUGGUCUUGGCAAUACCAGUAUUUGUCUCCCGCAACUACGGCAACCCCCGUGAGCAAACCUUGUGGUCUCGGCAGUAAUUGUCUCCCGCAACCACGUCAACACCCGUGAGCAAACCUUGUGGUCUUGGCAAUACCAGUAUUUGUCUCCCGCGACUACGGCAACACCCGUGAGCAAACCUUGUGGUCUUGGCAAUACCAGUAUUUGUCUCCCGCGACUACGGCAACUCCCGGGAGCAAACCUUGUGGUCUUGGCAAUACCAGUAAUUGUCUCCCGCGACUACGGCAACACCCGUGAGCAAACCUUAUGGUCUUGGCAAUACCAGUAAUUGUCUCCCAAGAUCGAGGCAACACUCGUGGAACAUGUAUUGCUGUCUUGGUGACACCGGUAAUCGUUUCCCGGAACUACGACGUUACCCAUGAGCAUAUCUUGCGGUCUCGGCGAUACCAGCAACCAUCUUCCGAGACCGCGGCAACGUGAGCAUGUUUUGAACUGUCUACUGCGACCAUGUCAUAAUGUCUUGUGGUUUCGGCGAUAGCGGCCAUAGUCUUCUGUGACCACUGCAACACCUGUGAGCAUGUCUUGAAAUCUUUGGUGACACUAGUAUUCGUCAUCCGUGAUUGCGUUAAAAACAGGAGCACAUCUUGCCGUCUCGGAAAUAGCGGUUAUUGUCUGCUGUGACUAUGGCAAACCCCGUGAUCGGCCAUUCGGAUAAUCCAACAUUUGGUGUUAUCGCAUCAGACAGGAAACACGUAGACGGUCGGAUACCCCGAGGAGUCAGCUGAGGUCGGUUAUGAGGGGUACUACUGUAUUUGUAUGUUAUGUUAAAAAAAGCACAAUUAUCACCUUUAAGUUACAUAAAAAUUGAUUGUGGCAGUUAUUGUUUUAUCAUAAAUGGUUCCUAUACCAUAGUAAUUCAGUGUAAAAGCAUCUGUUAUGUAUAUAGUUAUUUUAAUGUAGACAGUUAAACCACUUAUUUGUUAAUUACAUUUACCAUAAUCAAUGAUUUGUAAUCUUUUAUACAUUUUACUUUUCUUUUUUUACUAUAGUAAUUGUUUUUACUUGGUUUUUUAGAACAUUUUCAAUCCAAAUUAUUUAGUUGAUAGUUUUUAUGAUAUAUCCUUUAGAUUAGUAGUUUAUUUUGAGUCUAGUCUCAUGUAUUGUAUGUUGUGAUCACGGCUUCUUUUGAAAUUUUAGAUGUUCUUCAGUUUUACUUCAAUUAAUUGGUGGUGUAAAAGCCUGGAAUUUUUAUUGAGGCUUUAAAAAAGCUUAGGCAUUGAACCAAUAAAAAAGGUAAAAUCAAAUUUACUAACAGCACCUCAGCUUGAACAUUAAACAAACAAAUAUUAAUGACCAGAAAUUAAACAAAUAGGGAUGCACUAAAGGAUUGAUUUUGAGGACGGUAAAACACCUUUCUAGGCUGUUAAAAUUUAAUCUACUCUUAUGAUUAUGGUGGUUCCCACGUGCCACGAUAGAUCAUUUCCUGUAACAGUGGCAAUAUCAUGCAUGAUAAGCUCCUGUGUAAAUGUAGGGCUUAUCCCAACUCUGCGCGGUGUUUAUAUAUUCCAAAGUCUUAGUUAAUACAUAAACAAUAACCUAACCUAACCUGUCACAUGAAUAAAGUAGCCUUGAACAAAGUAAAGUGUAUCAUUACUUUUGGGAGUUUGACUAUACACACUAAAAGUGACCACCGCGCGGAGUUUGACUAUCCUUCUAAAUGUCAUCUACGAUUGUGAUUAUGUUCAGUUGAGGUAUUCCCAUCGCAUGACGUUCGCCUUGAAUGUGAGGCACUCGGACACCUCUAAAUAAACUCUACAUUCCAUAAAGUUAAAUUGCUCAUAAAAUGUUUGUUUGUUAACCCAGUUUGUACAAAUUUAACUACAAUAGACAAACAAUUAAAAAGAAGGUGUGAUCUUUUAAAUAUGUUUUGUAAUAAUUUCCAAUUGUGUACUUGAGUUGGUUAAGUUUUGUUACUCCUGUGUAGGAUACUCUACGAUAUUUAUAAGCAAUAUUGCAGGCAAUUUAUUGUUACAAUUUGGCUUGUAAUUUUCAUAAUGUUAACUUCUAAUGUUGCCAUACUAAUUAACAGUAUUAAUGAUUGUACACAAUAUAUAUGUUUUGUAUGCGUUUGUAUAGCUGAACUAUCAGACUGUUUUAACUGGUUUGUUUGAUUUUAUCACAGUUAAAGUUAUUAGUUGUGUAGUAUAAAGUGUUGGUGAGUGAAUGGUAGAGGUAUGUUUAUCUGUGACAUUAUUAAUUUUAUUGCUUUGUUCAACAAUAGUUACCCCUCUCGGUUGACCCUGUGUGAUGUGAUGUAUUCUUGUUAUGAUCAAAUGUCCCUUUCCAAAGACACUUUAUUUGCGGAAAUAUUGAAAUUCCCAGCUUCGAAGUAUCUUGCCAAUUGUAACAUAAUUUAUUUAUGCUAAUUUAUUAACUUUGCCAAUUUUGUGUUGUUCAGUCUCAAAGAGUUGUGCAGCACAUGUAAAUAACUGUCAAAACUAAUAAAGUAGGUACUCAAAUCUCGGUUGUUUAAAAAUUAAGGUGCAUUAAAAUAUUUUCAGCUGUUUUGAAAAUGAAAAUUACUUUAGUAUCUGUGCAAUUUGAAUAAGUCUUUUAUUGUUAAAAAGUAAAUACUCGAUUUUUUUAUUUGUUACGAUUGUUUUUGCUUUUAGUAUGCUAUAAAAUAAAUCUUUCUUUUGCUGUUGAAUCUUGCUGAUCAGUAUUUAGAUGGUUAUAAAAUCCAAAGUUUGUUAUUUUGUCAAAUCAAUUAUGACCAUGUUCUUUUACAGUAAUAAUUUUUCUGAUCAUUUUAUGCAUGCGUAUAAAUGAUCAGUAACAUUUAGGCUUUAAUUUAAGCAUAAAACACAUUUUUGUGUUCCUUAUGGUAGCACACCUAAGUACUGUGUAAUUAUAUUAUUUGCAUCAAACCAAGUAUAAUGGAAUUUUCUUAUCUGUUUAAAAAAAAAAUAAGCAACUGGAAUUUUGCUUAGCAUGCAGGAUUGCAGGAUUAGUUAAUUGGAAUCAAAGUUGUAAGUGAUCUCUGGAGCCUUUAUUGUAUUUAUUGUAUGUAUAACUUAGUAAAAGUGCUAAAUGGCCAAUAGGCAGGCAUUUAUGUGUAUUGUUAUUAUCAGAAUUGUGCAUAUAUUUUCUAACAUUAAUCUCAAUCCUUGUCAAACUUUAUAAUACAAAGUUGUUUUCUUCUUACGUCACAUUAUUUAGUCCUUAUACAGCUGUUAUACUUGGUGUCCUGGUGUUUACUUUGUUGUGUAUCCUAACAAUUUUACACUUAUGUUAGUUUCAUAAAAGCAAGGACUUUAUUUCUAAGUGCUCUUAUGAUUGUUGUUUUAUGUGUCUUCCGGCAAAUAAGACUGACCUUAGUUUUCCCUCUUGUAUUUUAAAUUUAGUCCAGCUAUUUAAAAAAAGUACUUAGUACUCUUCCAAGUGCCAAGCUCUGUUGCAUUAAUGUUAUCUUUUAAUUGGGGGUAUAACUUUUCUUUUUGUUGUGAAUUUAUUUUGCAGAAAUAUAUUGUCAUCAGCUGAUAAAUUUUUUGUCCUUGUUUUACUUAAAACGGUCAAACGAUGAUUAUAAAAAUUUGCAAAUCAUUUGUCACACAAUUUCUGAAGUUUGCAAGUUUCUUAUCUUCUCAGUUCUUACAAUAUUCGUUGUAUUAGUCAGAGAGUAGAUUUUUCCAUCUGGGUUGAGCCCACUUUACAUAAAGUGAUAAUUUGAACUUGAUACUUGGCUAUGAAUGUGAGUUAAUUUACUAAACACUAUAACCCCUCUGAUCUUGAUCAAACAUAACUUGAUAAAUUUUAGUUAGUAAAUCUCAAUUUUCUAGUCAUUAAAGCACAAGUUGCAAAUUUAAGAUCUCAAACUAGUUGGACUAAAUUUUUCAAAUCUAUUUAUUUCAGUUACCACUUCUACUCAUGUCUUAUGCAAUUCAAGUAUCUCUACGAGCCGAUAUGUGCCACAAGUUGUUUGGUACUUGCGAUAUUUUCGUGUUUUUAAUGCAUCAUGAAAUCUGCAAUCAAUUGAGAUGUUUUAUACUUACAUAGAUUAUGAUUUAGCAUUUAUUGAAAAUGAAGUAGGUAAGUUAUGUAUUGUUAACUGUACAAAGGUAUUUGUAUGCAUUAAUCUUAAGUGCAUUUGUAAUUUAAUAAGGAAACAGCUUAUUUGUUUGCAAUGGUUUAGUAAAUUGGCACUAUAAAUAA